GCCAUCUUGUAUUAUCAAAAAUUUCAUCUUCUUCCUUUUCUGGCCGCAUUUGCAAUAGGGCUCAUGAUUAAAUGCCAAAAUAUAUUAUUUAGUGGUGGAAAGAACAAAACAAAAACCUCGUGUGGAAUCAAUAAGUAAAGAAAAUGGCAAGCAGUCAAGAUAUAGAAUCUCAAGGCAUCGGUCUUCAUGCAAGACAUGGCGUCCCCGAACCCGAAUUUCCCGACAUUCAGGAGCCCGAGCCCGCACUUCCACAGAAGAGAUAUGUUAAUAUUUACACGUUUACCCGUGUUUUAUGUGGCCUUCUUAUCGUAACAAAUACAGCGAUGGAUUGGGCGUUGUACGCUGAAUUAGAUAGUAACUGUAAAGACAUAAAGAAGCGCUUUUUAGUUGUGACCAUCAUUGGGACAAUCCUCACCAUCGCUCAGAUUUGGAAUAUAGUCUACCAAGUCAAAGUCAACUAUAAGGAAGAUUUCAAGUUUCAGGAGCCUUUGAAUUACGUGGAUGGCCGGACGGAAGCUAUGCUAAUGGUCUUAUUUGUAGAGCUGCCUCAGCUUUUUCUAUUGCAAGAUUAUUCAAAGUCCUCAUGUGACAAAGCAAAACAUUGUUCUACUGACGGAGAUUCCGGCGGAUCCACUACGGUAACCAAAGAUCCACCUAACAUAGACGGCGUUAUUGAUAUAAAAUUUCUAACUGGGUGCGCAGUUGUUGGCUUGGUUAGUUGCCACUUCCGGUAUCAUUUGAGUAGACCACUACCCAGAUUUGGCAGGAGAGGGGUUGAUGAUGAGUAUAAGAUGUUGAAACUACAACAGACGCCAGUUCUGAAACUAAUCAUCUGGUUUGACCAAAUUUUACCGAAAAUUCUUCGGUUUGUGGGACUGGACAUCCUUUGUUUAUGUCGAAAAUUCAAGAUACCAAUGGUUUUCGGGGACUGCCUCUGUGAUCACUUGACCCCAAUAUGGCGCUGGUCCUACUUCGUCAUUGAAUGCUGGGUCUGUCGUUUUACCUACUGCCCAAAGCGAGACAGAGGCGAGGUAUGGUUCGUGAACCGGAUGAGGAUGCUACGUCGCAGACCGGGUUUCCUGUGCCUGAACAAGGAGGAUCCUUAUUUCUUAGGCGUCUAUUUUCCUUACUUUUUCAUUUCGGCCUUGUUUGUUUUUCUUAACCUUAUGGAAACGUAUUACUGUUCCUUACCAUUUUCUGGGAAAAUGAAACCGGUUUCUGAAGUAGUUCGCUUCGUAUACAAUUUUACGCUUUUUAGAUAUAUUUAAAGCCUGGCCCAAGUUAUUGCUUCCAUCACUUUUUGAUAAGUAUUAACAAAAAUACACAUACCUGUGAAAGAGGUACAGUUGAAAUCGACGAAAUGGAAAAUAUCCAAGGUAUCUGCUAUGACACAUUAUCCCUUUUCACUUAUAAAAGUUGACAGGAACGAAAACAAAUUUCUUACGGAGAUUAUGAUGGGAAAUUUUUUAAACUUUUCUCCAUUCGGACGUAAUCGGGACACCUUGUGCAAUUUUUAAACAUUAUCAUCCGGGCUUAACUAUGGCUGAUGCAAUGCAAAAUCCCCGUUUCUAUUUUGCGAUGUGUAUUGAAACCUGAAGCGUUAGAGGGGGCGUUUUAAAACAGAUAAUCUGGACAUUUUUCAUAUUAGUGGAUGAACGUAGUUUAAGCACAAAAGGUAUUUAUUAUUAUCGAAAUAUCAAGCGAAAAGUGAUGGAAGCAAAUUCUCGGGACAGAGUAUAGAAACAUUAGUUUGUUCUUGAACAUUAAAUGUGCGUGUCCACUUAGGUCUAAAUAUCUUUUGAUAAUUUGAUCUUUGGGACGAGUUUUAUCUAGAAAAAAAUACCCUUUUUGGUAGAUGCACAGAUCUUGUUUUUGUUUGCUGAGGGGACUUGAUGGUCCGGGCCAUUUUUUAGACUAUAUUAAUUUCCUUUAUAAGAGAGCUAUGUAUUUAGAUAUAGGAAUUAAAUCAAAAUUAAAAGCUAACUCAUAAAGAUUUAUGGAAUUGUUAUUUAGUAUAUGAUAGUUUAUAGCUUAACAAAUUAUAUCUGAAAUUUUAAGGUUCAUGAAGAUUUGAUUUUUAAUUUGUUCGUUUUGUUGACCACCAAGCCUCCCAAAAUUUUGCCAUCUUGGCAAAACACAUACUGAUAUAUGCAUUGAAUACAGUCAUGAUCUUAAUGUUAAAUUAUCAUGUAUUCAAUGUGAUCUGUUAAGUCUUAAAAUGGACGUAAUUAUAUGAGGUGUUUACGUAAAACACACGAGCUAGAAAUUUAUUCAUUGUCUAGACGUAUAUGCACACUAAACUAUAAUUAUAUUAUAAAAGGAACACCAAUUUUGAAAAUAUGGCCCAUCCAGGUCUGUUUUAUUUAUUCAGAAUUUUUUGCCGGUGAAGAGACCUGAAAUGGGGGGGGGGGGGGGGGUGGUUCAAGCCAAUUGCCACCACCCUUUCACCACUUAUACUUUUAAAAGACAGAUAUUGAAAAUUGCUAUAAAAGUGAUAGUAUACAGUGUACCUCCAUCCCCUUUAGUUCCCUGCCCAACUAAGCGAUGUUUUUUUUUUUUAUAUAUCUCUUUGUUGUUGUUGUUGCUUUUUGUGCUUAUUAGAAUAUUUUUUUGCGUAUAUAUACGGUAACUGAUUUUAUUUAAGUUUAAUGCUAAGUAGCUGGUAUAUUGUAUCUACAUUUUUUAUACACGCAGAUGAUAAAUAUUGCAGAAUGUGAUCAUAUAUAUAUAUUGAGGACCCUGUGAUAUUAAUAUUAAUUAACAAGAGUUAAUGCAAUAAUAAAACCAGAAUAAACAAGACAUUCUUGUGAUGUCCAAAAAUAAAAUUAGCUGCUUUACCUGAUUGUAGAGCAUAUUAUAUGGACGCCUCAAAAAGUGAUCAUUUAUUGUUUGAAACAGAAAUAACAAAUCAAAGCAAUUUAUUAAAUUUCUAAAAAUAGGUAAAUGGUGGUUCCUUCCAUUGUAUGAAUUUGUUGUAACGGUAAACCGUUUGGUGUUCGACAACAAUAACGAAAAAAAAAUAUGCGAAAACCUAGGAGGAGGAGGAGGAGAGAAGGAGUAGGUCAUAAAUUUUUGAAGAUCGAAACUCCA